AUGGCUCGCACGCCUCUUCCAGUUCUGGUAGUGGCCGUCCUGGCCUUCGUCGUCCUGGGCACUUUGAACGUUCUCCACCGAUUAGGACCUUCAGUUCUAGACCUCUGGGAAGACGCUCCUCAGUUCAACCUCCACUCGGUUCAGGAAGCCGUGCAGAAUGUUGACGAACAGUAUCUUGUUGGCGUAGGAAAGGGCGACAUCACUGGACCCGUCGUGGAGAUCAAUUUCAUGGGAUAUGCUGAUCCUGACCAGCUGGGCACUGGAUUGAGACAGCGACUAUACUCUCGAGCCUUCAUCAUCGGCCAUGUAGAUCAACCCAAAGAUCGCAUCGUCUACUUGGUGCUGGACACACAGUCGGGCGACACUGCCGUGCGUCAUGGCAUUCUUGACGCUAUCAAACAUCUGGGAGACGAGUAUGCCGUAUAUGGCCAGCAGAAUAUCGCCGUGACUGGAACACAUUCUCACAGCGGCCCAGGCGGCUGGCUCAACUACCUGUUACCUCAGAUUACGACAAAAGGCUUCGAGAAACCAUCUUAUGAAGCUAUUGUGGAAGGCGCUGUUGCCUCUAUCAAGCAAGCUCACGAACGAUUAGCCCCUGGCUACCUCACGGUUGGGUCUGUCGAUGUCAAAGAUGCAAACGUCAACCGCAGCCCGUGGGCAUACCUGCAGAACCCUGACGAAGAACGAGAACGGUACGAACAUGAUGUCGACAAAGCUAUGACUGUGCUUCGCUUGUCGCAUGCGACAGACGAUGGAGAGAGCGAUGUUGGCAUACUCACGUGGUUUCCAGUCCAUGGCACCAGCAUGCUUGGCAACAAUACCCUCGUCACUGGCGACAACAAAGGUGUCGCUGCGAGGCUAUUUGAGCAAGCUAUGAACGAUCCAGAGUUUGUUGCAGGCUUCAGUCAGGCGAAUGUGGGCGAUACCUCGCCGAACAUCUUCGGAGCUUACUGCGAGACGGGGAAGCAAGCUGGUGAACAAUGCGACUUCAAGACUAGUUUGUGCGACGGCAAGACUCAGCCAUGCCAUGCUCGUGGUCCACACUGGGGUCGCAAUGAUGGCGGCACGGCUUCCAAUUAUGAGAUCGGCCUGCGUCAGGCGGACGCAGCUCGCAACCUGUUCAACGAUCGAAAGGCAUUCACUCCUGUCUCUGGUCAGAUUGUGAAGAGCAUCCAUCAAUUUGUCGAUCUCAGCGACUAUCACUUUACUCUGCCCAACGGCACACAUGUGCGGACAUGUCCUGCUGCCCUGGGAUACUCCUUCGCCGGCGGUACUACAGACGGACCUGGCGCCUUUGACUUCAAGCAAGGUAAUACCGGCGAUCCAGACGCCAAUCCGCUGUGGGCCGCAGUCAGCAACGCGUUACACAAAGCGAAUGAAACCCAAAAGGCCUGCCAGCGCGAGAAGCCGAUCUUGCUUGAUGUGGGCGAGACGAAAUCACCUUACGACUGGACACCCAACAUUGUAGACAUCCAGCUCUUCCGGAUUGGGCAGCUCUUCAUGAUCAUCUCUCCGGGCGAAGCGACUACGAUGGCAGGUCGUCGAUGGAAGGAAGCUCUGGAAUCGACCGCUAUCGCCACCUUUUCAGAACUUGAUUCUGGUGAUCGGAAGCCGGUCGUUGUGCUGGGUGGUCCUGCCAAUUCGUAUACUCACUACAUCGCCACACCUGAGGAGUACACCGUCCAGCGAUACGAAGGAGCUUCUACGCUCUAUGGACCCUGGACACUGCCUGCGUAUAUUAACCUUACCCUCACAUACCUCCCCCGCCUUGCUGGCGCCGAAACGAACUGGCCACAUCUACGCCACGGUCCAAAGCCGCCGAUCAACGUGAACAGGAGUCUCAACUUCAUCACUCCAGUCAUCCAAGACACGGCUCCCUUCUUCAAGCAGUUCGGCGAUGUUCUUUCCGAUGUAAAUCCAACUCCAUACGAAGCAGGAGACGCCAUCGUCGCACGUUUUGUCGGUGCAAACCCACGCAACAACUUCCGCCUUGGAGGCACAUUUGCCGCAGUUGAGAAAGAGAAUGCAGACACAGCCGUCUGGGAGCAGGUGAGGGAUGAUGAUGACUGGAGUCUUGUAUAUGAGUGGAAGCGUACGUCGACGCCUCUGGGGUUGAGUGAAGUGACGAUCAAGUGGGAGACGAAGUGGGAGACUGGGGCUUGGCGAGAGGAAGAUGAUGAUGCUGAAGAUGCAGGAAAGAAACCGCAUGGAGACCUGCUCGUCAGGGAUGGCAUUCCCCUCAAGGGACGAUAUCGAUUAAAGUAUUACGGUGAUGCGAAGUCGGCGAUUGGUGGCACGAUCACGGCUUUCGAGGGCACGAGUGGGGAGUUUACGAUUGAAUGA